CUAUGUCUACGUUUACCUUAAGUUUUGAGUUUAAUUAAGCUCCCCGGUUUUUUUCUGUCGCUCUGUCCUUCUAAAACUGCCACUGCCCCUGGUUUUUUAACUGCCAAAGCCCAUAUAAAUUGUAUACAGGGCUUCCUGCGGUUUCAAGUGUCACGACAACUCACUCAAACCCUCCAACUCCCAACUCUCAAGCCUCAACCUUGUGAAAGAUGGAGAACGGUCACACGGCAGCAUUCGCAGUGUACCCGCCCAAACGAAAACUCUCUCAAAAUAAUGGAUCCGAUAAACCCUCCCAAGACUCUCCCAAAAGACCAAUCUUUGAUGCCAUUGUCUAUUCCAAUGACAUCGGAGCUAUCAACGGAUUCAAACCUGCUAGCAACGACGUGGGCUGCCUCCCACACCACGGCGCGGUCGUGCCCGUCCAGAACUCGGUCUCAUCUGCCGCCAUUGGAUCGUCUGAGUCGACACUCGGCCGGCACCUCGCUCGUCGACUCGUCCAGAUUGGUGUCACCGAUGUCUUCUCCGUUCCCGGUGACUUCAACUUAACCCUACUCGACCACCUCAUAGCCGAGCCUGGGCUCAACCUCAUUGGCUGCUGCAACGAGCUCAAUGCUGGAUAUGCUGCUGACGGCUAUGCCCGGUGUCGCGGCGUUGGUGCCUGUGUCGUCACCUUCACAGUGGGUGGCCUCAGCAUCCUCAAUGCCAUCGCCGGUGCUUACAGUGAGAAUCUCCCCCUCAUCUGCAUCGUCGGUGGCCCAAAUUCUAACGACUAUGGCACUAAUAGAGUUCUUCACCACACGAUCGGAUUGCCGGAUUGGUGUCAAGAGCUUCGAUGCUUCCAGACCGUUACCUGCUUUCAGGCAGUCGUGAAUAACUUAGAAGAUGCACAUGAACUGAUUGAUACUGCCAUCUCAACAGCUUUGAAAGAAAGCAAACCAGUUUAUCUCAGCAUUAGCUGUAAUUUAGCAGGCAUCCCUCAUCCUACUUUCAGUCGAGAGCCCGUCCCGUUCUUCCUGUCUCCUAGAUUAAGCAAUCAAAUGGGUCUUGAAGCAGCAGUGGAAGCCACGUCGGAGUUCUUGAACAAGGCGGUGAAGCCAAUCAUGGUGGGUGGUCCAAAACUCCGAGUUGCGAAAGCCUGUGAUGCCUUCGUUGAGCUUGCAGAUGCUUGUGGUUAUCCGAUUGCCGUGAUGCCUUCAGCGAAAGGUCUGGUGCCAGAACACCACCCUCAUUUCAUCGGGACCUACUGGGGCGCCGUGAGCACCCCAUUCUGUGCGGAAAUUGUGGAAUCGGCUGAUGCUUACAUCUUCGCUGGGCCAAUUUUCAAUGACUACAGCUCGGUUGGGUACUCGCUACUUCUCAAGAAAGAGAAAGCAAUAAUAGUAGAACCACAUCGAGUGGUGAUUGCAGAUGGGCCUACAUUCGGCUGCAUUCUAAUGAAGGACUUCCUCCAGGCCCUUGCAAAGAGGCUUAAAUGCAACACGACUGCCUUCGACAACUACCAUCGAAUUUUGGUCCCGGAGGGGCUUCCGCUCAGGUGUGAGCCCAAGGAGGCAUUGAGGGCCAACAUCCUUUUCAAGCACAUACAGGAGAUGUUGUCAAGUGAUACCGCCGUGAUUGCUGAGACAGGAGAUUCCUGGUUUAACUGUCAGAAACUGAAACUACCACAAGGUUGCGGUUACGAGUUCCAGAUGCAAUAUGGAUCAAUUGGGUGGUCAGUGGGUGCAACGCUUGGGUAUGCGCAGGCAGCGCCAAAUAAGCGAGUGAUUGCUUGCAUUGGUGAUGGAAGCUUUCAGAUGACAGCACAAGAUGUGUCGACAAUGCUGCGUUGUGGGCAAAGGAGCAUCAUAUUCCUGAUAAAUAACGGUGGAUACACCAUUGAAGUUGAGAUCCAUGAUGGACCCUACAAUGUGAUUAAGAACUGGAACUGCACUGGUUUGAUGAAUGCAAUCUGCAAUGGCGACGGAAAGUGCUGGACCACUAAGGUGCGAUGUGAAGAGGAGCUAGUAGAAGCGAUCAAAUUGGCAACAGGAGAUAAGAAAGAUUGUUUGUGCUUCAUAGAGGUUAUCCUUCACAAGGAUGACACGAGCAAAGAGCUACUUCAAUGGGGAUCCAGGGUUUCUGCUGCCAAUAGUCGCCCGCCAAACCCUCAGUAGAUCCCUGCUGGCUGCUUCCGGCCUGCCCUGAAAUGAAGCCUUCUCUCUGACUGUUGUUUUUUUUUUUUGGCUGAUUCCCUUGAACAGAAGAUGUAUUUUCUUCUAAGUUUCUAUCUUUGUAGUAUUCUCUUGUUUCGCCAUGCUUGUACAUAAAUUCUUUUCCUUGAAUAAUGUUUACAUUUAUGUUUU